GUUGCUCUGCGUUGUCAGGGUAACUGCACCAGUUGCGAUGGGCGUGAUGACAUUAAGGAGUACGCCCACUUCCGCUCGGCCAUGAAGAUCCUGAUGUUCUCUGAGAAUGACUCCUGGGAGAUCAACAAACUGCUGGCCGCCAUACUGCACCUGGGAAACGUCCACUUUGAAGCCACCAUUUUGAAUAAUCUGGAGAGCUGUGACGUCAUGACAUCACAUCAUUUCAACAUGGCAAUCAAACUUCUGGAGGUGGACCCCAAGGCCCUGGAGAAGAGUCUGACCCAGCGUUCCUUCAUGACCUCCAGGGAGAGUGUGACCAAACCUCUCACCUCAGCCCAGGCCAUGGACGGCAAAGACGCAUUUGUCAAGGCCAUCUAUGGUAAGCUGUUUGUCUGGGUGGUGGAGAAGAUCAACAAGGCUGUGUUCAAGCCUCCUCCUGAGGACACUAAAUACGUCAGACAAUCUAUCGGUCUGCUGGACAUCUUCGGCUUCGAGAACUUCAACAAGAACAGUUUUGAGCAGCUGUGCAUCAACUUCGCCAACGAGCAGCUGCAGCAGUUCUUUGUGAAGCAUGUCUUCAAGCUGGAGCAGGAUGAGUACGCCCGCGAGAACAUCGUCUGGAAGCACAUCGAAUACAACGACAACCAGAGAACACUGGACGUGCUGGCCAACAAGUCUCUUAACAUCCUGGCACUUAUCGACGAGGAGAGCAACUUCCCCAAGGGUACAGAUACCACCAUGAUCAACAAGAUGAACCAGGUACAUGGGAAGGGCGAUGUCUACAUCCCCCCUAAAAACAACCAUGACACUCAGUUUGGAAUCCAGCAUUUCGCCGGGGUGGUCCACUACGAUUCAAAAGGUUUCCUUGAGAAGAACAGAGAUGCUCUGAGCACUGACCUCAUCCAGCUGGUGGAGAAAUCGUCCAAUAAGAUGCUAAAGCAGGCAUUCCAGAACGAGCUCUCCUCCAAUGGCGAGAUGGCCAGCCGUGCUCCUACGUUGAGUGGCCAGUUCCGUCAGUCCCUAGACGCCCUGAUGAAGACCCUGACAGUCUGCCAGCCCUACUUCAUACGCUGCAUCAAACCCAACGACUUCAAGAAGCCUAUGCUGUUUGACAGGGAUCUGUGUAUGCGUCAGCUGCGUUACUCUGGGAUGAUGGAGACCAUCAGGAUCAGGAAAGCUGGCUAUCCUAUCCGCUACACCUUCGAUGAGUUCCUGGAGCGAUACCGCGUGCUUCUCAAAAGCAGCCUCUGUGACCCCAAAGUGGUGAGAAGAAAUGUUGCUGUUGAUAUUGUUACUGUUCUUGCUGGACAAGAUGGUGACUGGAAGACUGGCAAGACAAAGAUAUUUCUGAAGGACUUCCAUGACACUAUGCUGGAGCUGGAGAGAAUGAAGGAGUUGAAUGAGAAAGCCCUUCUGAUACAGAGGGUCCUGCGAGGCUACAAACAUCGGAGACAGUUCCUGAGACAGAAGUCCUCUGCGCUGGUCCUUCAGAAAAACUGGAGAGGAUACAAAGGCAGAAAGCUCUACAGAGUCGUCCAGCUGGGUUUUGCUCGUCUGCAGGCGAAGGUCCGAGCCCGCCAGCUUCAGCACCACUACCAGCAGAAGAGGGUUGCUGCGGUCCGGCUACAGGCACAGACACGGGGGUACCUGGCCAGGAAGGAGUGGCAGAGGAAGAGGCAAGCGGUGAUCCUCUUGCAGGCUAACUCCAGGGGAAUGCUGGCUAGGAAACAAGUGAAGAAGAUGAAGAGAGACAUGUUCCUGUCCGCUAAGGAACGUCGUGAGGAAGAGUUGGCGGCCCUGGAGAGGCAAAGACGUUUAGACCAGGUGCUCCGGCAGAAGAAAGAGAAGGAGGCCAGCACCCAAUCAGAAUCAAUCACAGCACAGGAAAUGGUGGACGACAUCUUCGGGUUCCUGCCCAAUAUGGUGGGAGGGCAGGAGGGACAAGCUCCUGCCGGAUUCAAGGACCUGGAGAAGCAGGGAGAGCGGACCAGACCAGAGGAGGUGGAUCUGGACGACCUGCCCAUGGUAGAGGACAUCCCCGAGGAGGACUACGACGACCUGGAUGAGUAUUCCUUCUCCAAGUUUGCCUCCAUGUACUUCCAGGGCGCCGCCACACCAACACACAUCCGCCAGAGGCUCAGACAGCCACUGCUCUACCACGAAGACGAAGGAGAUGUUGUGGCCUCCAUGACAGUCUGGUGGAUCAUCCUGAGGUUCAUAGGGGACCUGCCGGAGCCCAAGCUGGUGCAGGGCCAGGGGGCCAGGGGCCUCAGGGGGUCAAACAUGGUUAACAGCUCCCUGGAUCAGGACCUGGCCUUGAGACAGGACAGGAGGCUGAGCCACAUGGUGGGCCUGGAUCAGAGGGUUCUGAGGAACCAGAAAAACCGCAAGGUCUCCACAGUACCAGAGGAACCCGCUUCUAAAGGGAGGAAGGGUUCCACCUUUACGGACCUGCUGUCCCGGAACCGCAAGGCAUCUGCCAAGCCCGAUGAGGUGAUACUGAACCGGAAGGGUUCCUCGGCUGUAGACGCGACGCCCCGAGCCAGGAAGGGUUCUACGUUCACCAACAUGCUGAGUGGGGGCAGAAAGACCUCUUCCAUCCCUGGGGAGGUCCCAGCUUCUCCCUCUAGGGGCAUGAGGAAACCUUCUAUCAUCCAGGAGGAGUCAGAGGAAGGAGAAGAGGUUUCCAAGCCGCCCACUGUGCAAACCAUCAGUGAGGAGGACGAGAUACUGGUAGGAGAGGGACCCACCCUCGACCGGCCAAUGACUGCUCUGGAAAAGCUGCACGUCAUCGUGGGUUACGCCAUCGUCAGAAGAGACCUCAGAGAUGAGAUCUAUUGUCAGAUCUGUAAGCAGCUGCAGGAGAACGGGAACCGCAGUAGUUUCUACCGAGGUUGGAUCCUUCUGUCCAUCUGUCUGGGGAUCUUCCCCCCCACUGAACGCUUCAUCAAGUUCCUCCAGAGCUUUAUCCGCUUCGGCCCGAUGGGCUACGCCCCCUACUGUGCCAAGAGACUGAGACGCACCGUAGCCAAUGGGGUUAGAGGAGAGCCUCCGAGCUGGCUGGAACUAGAGGCGACCAAGUCUAAGAAGCCCAUUGCGGUGUCUGUGACCCUGAUGGACAGUCGUACCAUCAGCCUGCCUGUAGACUCCUCCUCCACUUCCAAGGAGAUCUGCCAGUUACUCUCUGAGAAGGUCUCCCUCAAAGAUACCUUCGGCUUCUCUCUCUACGUGGCUCUCUAUGAAAAGGUGUGGUCGCUGGGCAGCGGGCGGGAGCACGUGAUGGACGCCAUCUCCCAGUGCGAACAGGAAGUGAAACGGAAGGGUGGGCAGGAGCAGCACGCCCCCUGGAGACUCUACUACAGGAAGGAGAUCUUCACCCCGUGGCAUGACUGUAAAGAGGACUCCGUCAGCACAGACCUCAUCUACAGACAGAUCAUCAGGGGACUACGCUUCGGAGAGUACCAGUGUGACAAGGAUGAUGAUAUAGUCCAGCUGUCAGCAAAACACUUCUACAUUCAGUAUGGAUCAGACUGUAGUCUUGACAACGCUAAGACAGUAGUUCAGGACUGCGUUAACUCUUCUCUUCUGGAGGCCAAGACUCAGGACAAAUGGCUUCAGAUGGUCAGCACUGCCCAUGCUCAGGGUCCAUAUAUCAACUCUAGGCAGAAAGCAGUAGGUGUCAAGGCCGAGGUGGUGGACUACGCUCGUCAGAAGUGGCCUAUGUUCUUCUCCAGGUUCUUCGAGGCCGCCAAGUUAUCAGGUCCUGCACUUCCUAAAAACAAGUUCAUUGUGGCGAUCAAUUGGACAGGCAUCACUUUCCUGGACGAGAAGGAGAGGAGACUGCUGCAGCUCUCCUACCCAGAGGUCACUGGGGUCAACACCAUGAGGGAGGGCAAGACGUUUGGCCAGUCUGUGAGUCUCCUGACUCUGAAGGGAGACUUCUCUCUGAACGCGGUGAUGGCUGGGGACAUAGCAGAGCUGGUGCAUAUGUUCCUGGGAGGACUAAGGGAACGCUCUCAGUAUGCUGUGGCCCUGCAGGAAGUCAACCAAGACGACCCUACGUUCCUGAGCUUUAAGAAAGGAGAGCUGAUAGUCCUCAUUAAAGACGACGAGCUGACUGUCGGCCGCGGCUGGAUCAAGGGCAAGAACGAACGCACCGGCAAGACGGGGGCGGUACCCACCGACGCUAUCCUGGUCCUGCCCACUCUCACCAAACCUACCAAUGAAGUCAUGAGUCUUCUUAACCUGUCACCUGACCAGAGGAAGAGCAUCAUGGCAGCCAAUCAGAAGGAGACAGGCACCGUGGAGCGAGUGGCCCCCGUGUCCCUCAAAGAGUUCUCCUAUGAGUACUUCAGGCAGCCCAUCAAGGACGUGAACCGUCAGGUGAUCUCUAAGAACGUGGCCCCUGAGAGGCUGUGGGUCAACUCCAGGGAGCCAAUCAAACAGCCCCUUCUUAAGAAGUUGGCGGGGAACUCUGAGCUCAGCCACCGGGCCUGCCUGGCCUUCACUGCUAUCCUGAAGUACAUGGGGGACUACCCCACAAAGCAGAUACAGAGUCCUCUAGAGUUGACAGACCAGAUCUUUGGCCCAGCCACCAAGGACGAGGCCCUGAGAGACGAGAUCUACUGUCAGAUCAUGAAACAGAUGACCAGCAACAACAACAGGUUCAGUUUGGAGCAGGGCUGGCAGUUGCUGUGGCUGUGCUGUGGUCUCUUCCCUCCAAGCCAGUCGCUGCUCAAACACACCCAGCGUUUCCUGGAGUCCCGACGACGUGAAGCCCUGGCCCCCGACUGUCUACAGCGCCUACAGGGAUCACUGAGGAUAGAACCCAGGAAGCUGCCUCCUCACCAGGUGGAGAUAGAUGCCAUUCAGCAGAACUCCACCCAGAUCUUCCACAAGGUCCACUUCCCCAACGACACGGAGGAGAUCUUUGAGGUGAACACCAGUACUAGAAUCAGGGACCUCUGUCAGACCAUCUCCACCAAGCUCCAGCUGGUCUCAUCUGACGGCUUCAGCAUCUUCGUCAAAACACCCGACAAGGUUCUCAGUCUGAAUGAUUCAGACUACUUCUUUGACAGCCUGAGACAGAUCACUGAUUGGUCCAAGAAAGCCAAGAGUGUCAAAGAGGGAGGACCCAUGAACAUGUCCUACCUAGUGUUCUUCAUGAGGAAGCUGUGGUUUAACGUCAGUCCUGGCAGAGACCUGGAGGCUGACCUCAUCUUCCACUACCCUCAGGAGCUACCGAAGUACCUGAGAGGGUACCAUCGAUGUACCAAGGAGGACAUGUUGAACAUAGGGGCUCUGCUCUUCAGGGUAAAGUUCAACAACGACAAGUCCCAGUUCGUUAUGAUCCCCAAGAUGCUGAAAGAUCUGGUGCCCAACGACAUGCUGAAGGCCAUGUCCGCUACGGACUGGCAGAAGAACAUCGUUGCAGCGUACAACAAGCAGGCUAGUAUGACUUCUGAAGAAGCCAUACUAGCGUUCCUCAAGGCGGUUUGUCGCUGGCCCACCUUCGGCUGUGCUUUCUUCGAAGUGAAGCAAACAUCAGACCCGAACUUCCCAGAUAUCGUCAGAAUUGCCAUCAGCAAACAGGGGGUCUCAAUCAUCCACCCGAAAACCAAGGAUGUCCUUGCGACUCACCCGUUCAACCGUAUCGCUAACUGGUGCAGUGGAUCCACCUACUUCCACAUCACCGUGGGCAACCUGGUGAAGGGAAACAAGAUCCUAUGUGAAACAUCACUGGGCUAUAAAAUGGAUGAUCUUCUGACCUCUUAUGUCAACAUGUACCUGAACGAGAGGAAAGCAGUUAGGACCAGAAACCAGAGAUACAACGAAUAACAUGCGACAUGUAACCAGGUCGUCAUGUAACCAGGUCGUCAUGUAACCAGGUCAUCCCUAUCUGGACAAGUUGCAAAGUCGGAAAGCCCUGCUCAGUUGUACAAUUUCUCUUCUUCAGACCUGAUUUUAAACCUAACCCUAACACUCUACCGUUAACCCACACUGCUUAAACUCAUGCCUAAC